AUGUCUGACUUUUAUACAAUUGAAACUCCACCAUCAUCAUCUUCAACAAGUAAAGAUUCAUUAGAUGAAUCUAUAUCAUUAUAUCAAACAAAUGAACGAAUUAAAUUAGUUCCAGCAAAUCUUGGACAAAUAUCUAAUCAAUCCAAUUCAUUAGAAAUUAAAAUUGACGAGUUUUGUGUACCUUUAUAUGAUGAUAUGAAUACACCAUUACGUCGUAGUCUUGGUAAUACAAAAUUAAAAACACGUCAAGAUGUACGUCGUUUUCGUAAAUUUUUAAAACGUAAUUAUAAUUUAUUAUCAACAUCACUUAUUGAUAUUGAUCCAGAUACAAUGCGUAAAUAUUUAAUAGAUUAUUUAACAUCAAUACGUACACGUAAAGGUUCAAAAUAUGAUCCUGAAACACUUCGUUCAUAUUAUUUAAGUAUUCAAAGAUAUUUAAAAGAUUCAAAUUAUCCUUAUUGUCUACGUAAUUCACCACAAUUUUCUCAAUGUCGAGAUUUAAUAAUACAAAUGCGUAAAGAAAAAAAUCAAGUUAAAACUAAUCAAUUUUCAUCAUAUCAAAAAAAUGGAAUAAUUAGUAAAAAAUUUUCAACACCAAUCAAUCAAAAUAAUCAACAAAUUUUACAAAAUCGAAUCAAUUCACCAUCUAAUACAUGUAUUGAUCUUCUUCCAAUAUCAUCACUUCCUCCACGUAAACGUCAACAAAUAAAAUAUUUUCUUGAAUCAAAUUCUUCAUGUAAUCUAUAUCUAUAUACCCAAAUACCACGAACACCAUCACCAUCACCAUUAUCAACACUUUCAUUAGAUGCAUAUUUAUUAUUAAUUCAAUUUAUAUCAUCUAGUCAGAAUAAAAUUCAUUAUUUUGAACAAUUACUUGAUCAAUCACCAGCAUGUGGAAAUAAACAACGUUUAAUGUUAACAACAUUAUGUCAUCAA